UGUAUUUCCAUUACAUCAUUCUACCCCCACAAUUAGUUGUAAUCCAUGUAGAAAUGCGUAGUGAUUCGUUUGAACCUUAUGUGGCUGUUUCAACCUAGUCUGUUUGGUAGUAAUGUUAAUAUGAAUAACUAUUGUUAUGCUGAUUUGGGCAAAAGCCAGCGUGCACCCAUACUGAAAUGGGAGCCCGUACGCCAAUGAGCUUUAGCCCUUACCCGACAUAUAUUAAAGAAGAUACCUAGGUGUUUCUUCCCUAGCUAUUGGUCAGUGAUGUGAGUCAUCGUUCACAGCGGUAUGGCGGGCGAAAAUAUGUCCAGGUCGAAGUUUGUGUUUUUUUUCUUUAUCUGUCUUACUUCAAUGAUUCAAAAUAUCAAUAGCAAGGAUUGUAACGUGCACAACAUCACCGUACAACCUGAUUUCGAUCUCCAGAAAUAUGCCGGAACAUGGUAUGAGAUGAAGUGGUUGGCAACUGUUUACAUUGGACCAAGUCAGCUUUACCAAGACUACCGACACAUCUACAUGUAUGCUGGUCGUGGCGAGAACGUUACCGUUGUCACUUCGGGGCGAGAUCCAGCUAAUAUUAACAAGUGUUUUUAUAACACGGCACGUUUGAUGGAGACAGACGAUGAUGCAAAAUUGGUGUUUGUUACGGUCAAAGAACGCUAUUCCUACUGGGUGGUGAAGACGGACUACACGAGUUACGCAGUGGUUUACGGAUGUAACAGCGUAACCAGUGACGGGGCAUGCAAUGGAACCAGAUCGUGGAUUUGG